AUGGGUGACGAGAAUCCAGCAACAGACGCGUCCAACAUAGAUGUUGCUAAUGUAAAUGAUAAUUCGAAAGCUGAAUGCGAAAAGGAGGCAGGGGACACUGGAAAAUCAGAUAAACUAAAGGUUGAUAUACUCUUAAAAGCAACUGGCAAUGCUCCAAUAAUGAAGAAAAAGAAAUGGGCCGUUGAUGCAGAGAAGCCUAUUGGCUGGAUAAUGGAGUUUGUCAAGAAGUACUUAAAGUUAGAACCUGAGGAGAAGCUGUUCUUAUACAUAAACCAAACAUUCGCCCCCUCUCCGGAUCAAAUAGUGAAGAAUUUAUAUGAAUGUUUUGGUACAGAUGGCAAACUGGUGCUACAUUACUGCAAAACUCAAGCUUGGGGUUGAUAUGAUAAGAAAUAUUUGUGUUAAAACUUCACCAUUUUAUUUGAUAAGCUAAGUUUUUAUACUCACUAGUCACAUAAUACAGCUUUAUGAUUCCUGUUACAAAUUUCCAUUACAUUUCUACUGAUGUGGUCAUUUUGGCUCAAUUUACGUAAGGUA